CUGCCGGUGCCGGGGCCGGGGGCGGCGGGGCCCGGUGCCGUGCGCGCGUGCAGGGGGCGGGGGCGGCGCUCCCGGCCCGGCGGCCGCUGCCUGCCCGGCCCGCGGCGGAGCGUCGGGCGGGACGGUCCCCGGCUCCGCGGGCCCGGCGCGGAUUAUGAGGGAGCCAUGAGCCCGCUGCGGGGCUGGCUGCUGGCCGCGCUGCUCUCGCUCACCCCGCGGGCAGGUCCCACCGCGCUGCAGCGGCGGCUGCCCCGGGCCGCAUGGCCGGAGGGGCGGGUGGUUUCCCAGGUCACCCACCCCAGCAGGCUGGUGGGGCAGAGCGCGGGGGGAGAAGUCCAGAAGCAUCAGCUGGACACCAGGGUCAGGAAUGAGCCUAGAGGAGCAGGAGGAGGAGGAGGCCCUGGGCUGCACCUGGCACGAGUGAGCUUCGUGGUGCGUGCCUUCGGCUCGGCCUUCACCCUCGACCUCCAGCUGAACCACCACCUCCUCGCCUCCCACUACGUGGAGCGGCACAUCGGCGCGGGCAGCAACGGCAGCCACAGCAUGGGCACGGGGGAGCACUGCUACUACCAGGGCCGGAUCCGGGGGCAGCCCCACUCCUUUGUGGCUCUCUCCAGCUGUCAGGGCCUGCAUGGGGUCUUCUAUGACGGCAAAGCCACCUACCUGAUCGAGCCCCAGGUGGGCGCCGAGCACGGGCAGGGCCUUCGACCACACAUUGUCCGGCGUGUACCCAGCUGCACGCGACCAGGCUGCCUCUUCCCUGCGCUGAACCCGCGCAGUGCAGGCGGGUUACCAAAGCUGCGGCAGCGGCGGCAGGUACGCCGAGCCCAGCACACCGUUCACAGCGAGACCAAGUACAUCGAGCUGGCGGUGGUGAACGACCAUCAGCUGUUCCUGCAGCUCCGCAAGUCCGUGGUUCUCACCAGCAACUUUGCCAAGUCCGUGGUCAACCUGGCUGACAUGAUCUACAAGGAGCAGCUCAACACGCGCAUCGUGCUGGUGGCCAUGGAGACAUGGGCCUCGGAGGACCGGAUCCGGAUGGGGGAGGAUUCCCUGGAGACCCUGAACGAGUUCGUGAAGUACCGGCGUGAGGGGCCGGCAGAGCAGAGUGACACCGUCCACCUCUUCUCGGGUCGCACAUUUCAGAGCAGCCGCAGCGGCACCGCCUUCGUGGGGGGCAUCUGCUCACCCGCCCGUGCGGGGGGGGUCAACGAGUACGGCAACGUGGCCGCCAUGGCAGUGACACUGGCGCAGACACUGGGGCAGAACGUGGGCAUGAUGUGGAAUAAGCACCGCAUGGCUGCAGGGGACUGCCGGUGUCCGGACUCGUGGCUGGGCUGCAUCAUGGAGGACACAGGGUACUACCUCCCCCGCAAGUUCUCCCGCUGCAGCAUCGACGAGUACAACCAGUUCCUGCAGGACGGCGGUGGCAGCUGCCUCUUCAACAAACCCCUGAAGCUCCUGGACCCUCCAGAGUGUGGCAAUGGCUUCGUGGAGGCGGGCGAGGAGUGCGACUGCGGCUCGCUGGCGGAGUGCGCCAAGAGCGGGGGAAACUGCUGCAAGAAGUGCACGCUGACCCACGACGCCAUGUGCAGCGACGGGCUCUGCUGCAAAGGCUGCAAGUACGAGCCACGUGGCGUGUCCUGCCGGGAGGCCGUGAACGAAUGUGACAUCCCUGAGAGCUGCACCGGGGACUCCAGCCAGUGUCCCCCCAACCUCCACAAGCUGGAUGGCUACUUCUGUGAAAACGAGCAGGGACGAUGCUACGGUGGGCGCUGCAAGACAAGAGACCGGCAGUGCAACGCGUUGUGGGGCCAUGGCUCGGCUGAGCGCUUCUGCUAUGAGAAGCUCAAUGUGGAGGGGACGGAGAGGGGCAACUGCGGGCACGAGGGUCUGGGCUGGAUGCAGUGCAACAAGCAGGAUGUUCUCUGCGGCUUCCUCCUCUGCGCCAACAUCUCGGGUGCGCCCCGGCUGGGUGAGCUCAGCGGCGAGAUCACCACCACCACCUUCUUCCACCAAAACCGCUACGUGGACUGCAGGGGAGGCCACGUGCAGCUGGUGGACGGCUCGGACCUGAGCUACGUGGAGGACGGGACGCCCUGCGGCCCCGGCAUGCUGUGUCUCGACCGCAAAUGCCUUCCAGCCACCGCCUUUAACUUCAGCUCCUGCCCCGGCAGCUGGGAUGGGAAGAUCUGCUUCGACCACGGGGUUUGCAGCAAUGAGGGCAAGUGCAUCUGCCGGGCCGAGUGGACAGGGAAGGACUGCAGCGUCUACGACCCCAUCCCUGAGCCAAAGCCGACGGGAGAGACUGAACGAUACAAGGGAACAUCCGCCGAGGAAGGUCCGGGGGGGCCUGAGCAGGGCUGCGCUGCCCCACACACCCUCCCCAGCACCUCAUUAACAGCAAUUCAAUGGGGCACCGCUGCUGAGAGCCCGGCUGAGGAGGAGAGCUGGGGGGGGCACCCGGGACCACCCCCCCCGACCCCCACCGCACCACCACGAAUGUACACAGCCCCCAGCCCCGACCCUGGGGCUGGCAGUACUCCCAGCACUGGGAUGAAUGUACCUGCAGGGGUGAGCGGGGACCACCCCCCCCCCUCAGCCCCACAUCCCCCCCUCUGACCCCCAUCAGCAUCUUCCGGCUUGGGGGCCUGGGUCCUCCAAACAGCAAGCCAGUAUAGCCCAGAACGAGGCCAGUACACCCCAGCACCAGGCCAGCACCCCUCCCCAGUGCAGGGCCUGGGAGCCGUGUCCCCCCCAGCCCAGACGCCAGGUCUGGGAUGGGGUCCAUGGGGGCUGGGAUGGCACCCCCAGACGUGCCCCCCCCCCCCCCCCCAAGCAGCUCAGCAUGUGAGGCAUGUCCCCCCCCAAACUCCCUCCUGCUCCCAAAUCUCAUGGCUGUGCCCACCCAGCUGUGGGAGACCAAGGUCCCCAGCACUGGGGACUGUCACCCAUGGGUGAGCUCCAAACUGGUGGCACUGGGGUGAGGGAAGUGGGGGGCAGGUGACAGCAGGGCCCACCUUGGGUGUCUGGGGUACAGGGUGAGCCCCGGGCUGGUGGCACAUGGGGCUGCCUGGGGGGUGUCACCCCAGUUCCACAGCAGGCUGGUGGCACCUGUCCCCUGGUGUCCAGCACCUGCUGGGUGUCCUCAUCCCCAUGGCAGGUGGGUGGGAUGUGUCACCCCAUCCCCACGUCACCCUGCAUGGGGUGGCUCCAUGAGGCCACCCAACCCACAGCACCACAGAGCACCGGGAGCCCACACCAGUCCCUGCAACCACUGAUGACGCUGCAUCGUGUGGCAACACUCCUGGUGACACUUGGUGGGGGGACAGGGGGGAACAACACUCCAUGUCCACAGCAGGUUGGGGGUGGCCCCUUAGUGCCCUCCCUUAACCACCUCUGGGCCCCUUUGCCAAGGGGGUAGAGGGUGACCAAGGAUGUCCCCAAGCUCAGCCAUGGCUGAGGCAUGUGGUGGCCCCCAGUACUGUGUGACAGCCCAGCUGGGCACCCACAGCACCCAUGGGUGCCUUGGCUGUGGUGGCACCAGCCAGGACUGGGAGGCGACAGCAGGACAGGGGGUGGGCAGAUGUCCCCAGGCUUGGCUUUGGUGGCGGCUCGCCAUGUGACCUAUCAGCAAUGGGCUGGAGAACACAGGACCUGGGGCCACCACCAGCACAGGGGGUCUGGCCCAACCCCCGCACCUCCAGCACUGUCACCACAAUGUCCCCACAGCUGUCAUGGCCACAGUGCUGGGGUGGUCCCCGCAGCGAGGGGAUGCCCCUUGUUUCAGAGUAAGAAGCCGCCAUUGUCACUGGGUUUGGGGACAUUAAUAUAUAUAUAUAUAUAUAUAUAUAAAAAAAAUAUUGGGGUUUUUUUUCUUAAUGAUUUUAAUGCUGUAAGGUCAGGCAGUACCACUGGUGCUGCCGCGGACGUGCCAGGGAGGGAGCGCGGCUGGGAUGGGGGGUGCACCCAGUGCUUCCAGAUCCAAGAGAGCAAACCUUCCCCCUCCCCGGACCCCCUCCCACCCCCAGCAGACCGAGCUGAUGGGCCCCAUCCCAGCACGUGGCAGUGGACAAGCACACUGGGGGGGUGGUAAACCCCCGCCCCGCCAACUCACCGCCGGCCUCACCGCCAUCCUGCACCGCCUCGCUCUGCGCUACCGCCCACAGCUGGGAUGGGGCCUGGGGUCAUGGGGUGGGGGCUUUGCUGCCCACAGCCGAACACUCGCGCCUCAUCUCGCACUCCUGCUUUGCACGCACCGGGGAGCUGCCAUCGCCGCUGCCGGAGCUGCCGUUGCCGGAGCCGCCACGUGCUCCUCGCUCGGCCCUGGCUUCAGUCCCCGGGAAGCCUCCUGCAAUGUUGCAGAAUUUAUUUACAAUAAAGAUUUGGAAAACAA